UCGGGGUGGAGCUUUGCUCUGGCGUAUUUUUAAAAAACAACAAACAGACGCGCACACAAGGAAAGGCAACGCACGAACAAGCCAGGCAGGAAAUAUGCCCCCGCGCUCUCGGUCUUUGUCUCUCCGUUUCAGCAUCGCGUCCUCCUCGCAGGCGGGGAAGGGACACUAAGAGGCUUCCACUCCCGAAUGUGACCGCCCUGAGCCACGCGACUGCGCGCGGCACCUCUCGGCCGCUUCCAUUUCAAACCGGUCUGGCUGCCUUGGCUGCGGCGGCAGACGCGAGAACACAGCGGAGGGGAGGGGGCUAAGCGGAGUGGCUGCCCGGCUCGGCGCAGUGACUGUCGGCAUUCUCCACGGGAGGGAACAACCAUGGGGACGUCAGUUGACGUGUUGCUGGUCACCGCCAACGUGGGCUCGCUGUUUGACAACCUUGGUGAGAUUGAAUCAAACUGGCUCAGAGAGUUUUACAAGACAAUUCACAGAUACAAGCCAUACUUUAUAGCCCUGCAUUGUCAGGAGGUUGGAGGAAAGGAUUAUGAGUUGAAUAUCAGUCAUGUAGAAGACUUUAUCAACAAUAUUUUGUCAAGCAGGGAAAUGAAAGACUUUGAUCGAGCUUGUGUUUAUGUGGACAAUGAUUUUAGGAUGAAGAGCUGUUUUACGGCUCUGGGAAGCAUGUAUUUAAUUCACAGAUCAAUCAAGCAGAUCUAUCAGUAUGACUUCAGAGAAAAAGAGUAUAAAGCUGUUUGUGGACAGAACAUCCAUCUUGGCUCCCUAGAUGAUGUUCCUUCUCUCGAGAAAGAAAAAUUUCCCAAGAACUUCUGGCCUGAUUUUAAUUGGUCCAGGAAAGGAUUCAUGAGGACCAGAUGGAUAAUUCACAACAGUGGAUUUGAUCUGGUGAAUGUCCACCUUUUCCAUGAUGCCUCUAACCUCAUUGCAUGUAAAAGCAGCCCUUCCGUGUACUCUGGAAACAGAGAGAAGGCCUUGAGAUAUGUCAUUAACAGGAUAUCAGAUAACACAUACAGUUUGCUUCCUUUCUUUCUUUUCGGAGAUUUCAACUUCCGCCUUGAUACACAGAGCCUUGUUGAGAAUGUGUGCAGUUCGGGAGACAUCCAAACCAUCCAGACUGGAUCUAACAAUGAAGUUGAAAAAAUCAUUUGUGAAGAGAAAGAGAAUGAUCACAAGGUGCUCCUUCACAUUGAAUCAAAGUUGUUUGAGUAUGUCCACAAGGCAGCCUUCCAUGAGAACAAUGGCCAAGCGCUUCUGAAGUAUGAUAAGGAGAUUAACCAUUUCCAAGACAUCUUGACUGAGGAAGAAAUUGUGUUUCCACCAAGUUACCCAUACAGUGAAGACCAUGCCAAACCUACGCAAUACAUGAAUACACGCUGUCCAUCUUGGUGUGAUCGAGUCCUCAUGUCCCAGUCUGCCAAGAUUUUGAUAUACAGAGAACCAGAGGAAGAAUGUGAGAACAAUGGAGUGGCAUAUAAUACAAUAGGGUCAAAUGUCUGUAUGGGUGACCACAAGCCCGUGUUUCUCUUCUUCCGGAUAAAGACAAAUGGUUAAUAAGAAGAUAUGUGGCUCUUUCUCAGAGAGAGUAUUGUCCUGAUACAGAAAGCAGUAUGGGCUGGAAGAGGGAAUAAAAAGAACAUUAAGAAGAGGUUUUAGAACAUCCCUGUGAAUUGCCAAAAAAAGGGACGUCAAGGACUAAAAAUGACUCCUCUUUCUUCACUUCCAUAUUUGGAGAAGCCUGUGUUACUGCAGAUUUGCAUAUUUUAAAAUCUUCUCAUAUUUAUGUUUUUAUUGGACCAUCUAUUUUAGGAUACAUGAUAACAAGCAAAUCAAUCCAAAAAGAUCAUUAGAAGAUUGCAAUUAUUUCAACAUGUAUUAUUUCAUGUAUUGAACCAGGAGUUGGGUUCAUAAAAGUUACAUCUAUUAGUUUUGUUUUUUUAGCUGGAAGUUUUCAAACCUAAAAUGAGCUCAUGCUACAUCUAGGUUAAUCUGUCAUUUCUGAGGUUCAUUUGCACCUUGUGAAAGAACUGCUGCAGUCUAAACUCUGCAGACAUAUAAAUGAGUUGUUAAUGUGAUACUCUUUAAGAAGACUACAGUAUAUGCAAGCCUUGCCGCAUGUGUAUUUCUGCAGAAUUUCAAUAUGACCAGCUCAUUUGAAAUUGACCUGCAAAGCAGACAGUUUCCACUAUGCAGUAUGGCGCAGGGCAUAUGUCCAGUGUAGCAGUGAAGCUCAACUGUUCUUAACUUUCUUACCUUAGAACACUGUUCUUGUUGACAUAUUGUAAACUGUCACUGUAGCUUACAGUGUAUUUAUACACUAUCUGAACAUUGUGUGUGUUGUUUUUAGGCAUUUACAGUGAGUAUGUAUGUGUGAUCACAAGGGCUUCAUUAAAGCAAACAAGCCAUUGUAGCCUAGAUACAAUUUUCCAACAUAUGGUUUUAACUAGAACACCAAGACAUUUUUAAGCUACUGUACAUUUUAAGCAGAUGUUCAUGGCUAAAGGCAAAUUUCUAAUAUUGUUAUUAAUACAUAAAGUACUUUUUGGGGUGAUUGAGGCGUUUUACAUUAAUUCAUUUUCUGAUUGAUCUGUAUUAGAUCAGGCAAUAAAAGUUGAAAUACAUAUACCAAAAGUACUUAUUUUACUACUAUUAUAUGAUGUAUGAUUUUUCAUGUGCCUCUUCUGAUUAAGGGCCCUCCUUAAUCACAUUUUAUUCCUAUCUGAAAAAACUAAAUUUACAUACUUCAAUUUCACCAUUGGGGUGGCAUAGUGGGGAUGAUGCUGCCUUGCAGUAAGUAGACCAGAGUUCAUGUCCUGGGUCCUCCCAGCAUGGAGUUUGCAUAUUCUCCCUGUGUCUGCGUGGAUUUCUCGGGUUUCCUCCCACCAUCCAAAGACAUGCAGGUUAGAUGGAUUGGCAAUGCUAAAUUGGACCUAGUGUGUGGUUGAGGUGUAUGUGUGUUCACCCUGCGAUGGACUGGCGCCCUGUUUGAUGUUUGUUCCUGCCUUGCGCCCAAUGCUAGCUGGGAUAGGCACCCCCCAUAACCCUGUUCAGGACUAAGCGGAAUGGAAAAUGACGAUGAAAUUUCACCAUGAAUCUAUUGUUUAUUAAGAGAGUAAAUGCCAAAUAGAUGUGUGUACAUACACAUGUAUAUUAUAGACACACUAAAACUUCUCACCUUAAAAAGAUAUCACUGUAUUUUAGGGUGGUAUAAUGACCUGUGAUACCCACUAUGUCUUGUUGACGCCUCACACAAAGACUAGUUUCACUGUUAGAUGUGGAUUGUCAUAUUCACUUGGAAAUAGCAGAUACUCUCAUAAAGUAUAUGCUUCAGAGUCUUGUGAUGCACAGUAGAGGGUGGAAUUUAAGAGCCUUCACUUGUAUGUGUAUUUUUAAUUUUUAGGUUGCCUGUCAUAUUAAGGCAUACUAUGCAUUGUAGAAUACUCAUUUAUCCUUAUGGGAUGAAAUCAAAGUGUACGUCUUAGUGUUGAGGCAGAUACACUGGCUACCUUUUGAAAUAGCAAGUGUUGGCCAGGAGUAGGUAGAAGUGCUUACAUUUAUUCUUUAUGAAUUAUCUUGUAUCUACAUUGUAAUCUGCAGCUUACUUGGUGAACCCAAGAUAUUCAAGGUUUCUGUUAAGCCAGGCAGCUUCUUAUAGCUAUUAAAAUUGUUUUGCAGCAAAAACAAAAAUGACACAUCACUAUCACAGUCUUGGAGACUUUUCUGGACAAUUCUCUGUAUUUGUAGAUUACCAGAGUGGUACUAGAUUAGUUAAUUGUCUUAGGUGUGUUGGACUUUUAGGCCUUUGGGUUUGACCUCAACCACAAUUAAGAUUAUGUUUUUCUUUAUCUCUCAAGAAUUAUAUUUUUAUCUUAUAGUGAAUACUUCUUAUUUGCCAAGUUUAUGUUUGGUCAGAUUCUUUUGUUGAUUGGUGACUGUGCCUUUGGAGCUGUGUGAAGUGCUUGGAAUCUCUGAGAUGUAUUGUGUAAAAAACUAAACUGUAGCUCCAUUAGUGUCAGCUAGAUGGAUUAUUUCUAAUAAUUUCUCUGAGUAAACAUAGUGUUUAUUGCUACUAAAGUACAGCCUUCAAUUUACUGAACCUGCUUGUUUUUUUGUUCCUAUUUCACUGAGCCAGAGCCAAUCCCAAUAGCAUCAGAUACAAGGUGGGAGCCAACUCACAACAUAACUAUGCUCACAUCCACACUCACUCAAAAUGGGACAGUUUGGGGUUCCCAGUUAACCUAAUACACACAGUUUUGGGCGUUCUUGGACAAGAGACACCUUGGACAUGGCUAGAUUCAGCAAAUGUACAUUGACAGUUGCUAUUCAGAGACCUGAACCCAAGUCCCUAGGGCUUUGAGGAAUAAGUAUAUUUUAGAAAAUAUUAUUUUAGGCAAAAUAGAAUAAUUCAUGCACUUUCCUUAAAUUCUAAGCAUGUACAGUAUAUAAAGGUCAAAAACAUAACAUUUGAUUGCUAGGGUAUAAGAUUAAAGAAACCAAGAGACUGCAGUACAAACAGAUGAGAUGAAGAUUCAUGCAAUCUUCUACAUUUUGCAUCCCAAAUUCUACAGUGCUUCCCAGCAUCCGAGUAUUAGCAUUCUUGAGAAGGCCCAAUUCUGUACAUUCUUAGAGCUCAUGUGUUGUUUUUUACUAUAUCGUUACAUCACCUUUACAACAAAGUCAAAAAUUAUAAAUUAAUUGAAUGCAAAUUACCAUAAUCUAGCAAAAAAAAAAAAAUCACACAUGUACUCUAACUAAGCAUGAUUCCAGUUUUAUUAAUGUAGUUUAUUUAUUUUAGUUUAUGCCUUAUUUACAAAUUUAAAUCAAGGGGUAUCUUUUUCAAAACAUAUUCUACAUUAGGCUAGAAUUAUAUGUUUAAACAAGUGUAUUAAUCUCUGCUCCUCGCCCCUAAUUGUGUAAAAAUGAGUUGAUGCUGCAUUUUGCUGUCCAUUUGAUAUUUUGUUGAUGUGUGCAUGAAAUGUUUGCCUUAUGGACAAACAAGACAGAGUGCAGUGUGACAAAGAGAGAUAGUACUGUCUGGUGAGUAAGUGUUUAGCAAGCCAGUGCAGAUUUUCAGCAUUGGCUGUUGCUCUUAUUAAAGCCAAAAUGUUUAAAAAUUUCAAAGCUUACCUUGUGGCAACCACAAUUGUCCUUUGGUAAAAGCAACAGCACACCUUUUCAAUUGAGGCAUGUAGUUUAGUACAGAAACUCAACCAUUUAUGACCAAAUCAACAUUUUAUCUACACUGACAACCAACAGCCAACUGGACAUGUUAAAUCAAUUUGGACUGAUAGCUAAACAUCAGUAUUGCUUGUCAAGUACAAUGUGGCUCACCAGUCAUGUCAGAACAGUUCAAAAAAUGAAUGCAAGUUGGCUUUUGACUGCAUUAUCAAUUUUAAGUUAACUCUACUUGCAGAUAAUCUUUGGGGCUCAAGAUGAGUGAAACCUCUGCUGUGUCUUCGCUGUUACGAUCAGCAUAUAUUUUCAUCAUUAAAGGACUACAGUUGUACAUUGUCAAUUGAAAUGUUUUUUCAGCAGAUUGGUUUGUCAGUACUUUUGCCUGUUUAUAGCCUAUCCAGAAACCCACAUUUGAGAACACCCUUGAAAUCUGAAUUUCUGCAUCCUUCAGAAUAUUGCAAGUUACAGUAUUUUAUUUCAAAUUUAACAUGGAUACAGAAAGAAUGCAUGCCUCAAAAAUGACUGUUUAAAAUAUACAAAGUCAGAUGUCUCAUUAUCACAAAGGGCUUUUUAUUCUGCACAUUCAGAUUUCAAGAUUGUGGUAGGAAGUGUUCCAUGUGAGAAAACUGAAAUCUGUUUGCAGUAAAACAUAACAUUAACAUGCCAGUUUCUGCUUCCAGGGGAUGAACUUAUGCAUGUAUCUGAUUUAAGUCAAGACGGGGCCCUCCAUUUCUGGUAGGGGUUGAAGUGUGUAGAAACCAUUGUAGCAAAACACAUAAAAACCAAAACACUAGUUUGAACCUUUUUAUAUUGUUAUUCAUAUUGUGUGAUUUAAUGUUUUACUGCAGAUGUAAGGUAAUCCGAAAGAGAUGCCUCAUGGGAGAAUAUAUGACCCUUUUUGUUAACAAUAUGUAAGAAAAAACUUAUAAUAAAGUUGAAUUCUUGAACUGUUAAA